AUUGGCCCAUUUCAAUAGUCGCGGGACGCUUGAACUGCUGCGAGGAGAGCCCGGUGCCGCGGCCUGGGCAGCGGCGGGAGAGGUAGAACGCCCCGGCUGCUGCUGCCCUUGCCUGCCAUCCUGCCUGAGUCCACCAGUUCUUGUGUGUGUGUGCAGCCCCAGCCCGGCCCGGCCUGGCCUGGUCCGGCCCUGCCUGGAGCCUCCGGGGUCCGCGGAGCGGAUCAGAACAGAGAGGGGUGCACGGGGCGCGGGGCCGGGCGCACAGCCGAGCCCCGGCAGGCUGGCCCCCCGCCAUGCUGGGGCACACGGCGGCCGGCGCGGCGGGGCCGCAGCCACCCAGGCUGCCCCGGGCCGCCGGCCCCGACGAGAACCAAGAGAACAUCCAUCCGGACAAACGCGGCGGCGCCGAGCCCGCCAGAACGCGCACGGUGCUGGGCGUGCUGCGGGCUAACGUGCGGGCUCCGGGCCCGGGCCCCGGUCUCGGCCCGGCAGCUGCUCUGGCGCCGCAGAAGUCCAAGAACCGCAGGGUUGUUGCGCCUCUCAGGGAUGUUUCCAUUAAUGAUGAUCAGGGUAUUGUCCCACCCUGGAAUGCCACCAGUAAGCAGCCCACUUUCACAAUCCACGUGGAUGAACCCGAUGCUGACAAUGGGAAGAAACUUUCUGUCCCUAAAAAAGUGGAAUCUGAGGAUGAUAUGCUGGGUUUUAAUUCAGCUGUUUCUCUGCCUGAGACAAGAAAACCUUUGGUGCCCCUUGAUUAUCCAAUGGAUGGUAGUUUUGAAUCUCCCCUUACUAUGGACAUGUCUGUGGUCCUGGAGCCAGAAGAAAAGCCACCAAAUGUCAAUGAAGUCCCUGACUACCAUGAAGACAUCUAUCUGUACCUAAGGGAAAUGGAGGUUAAGUGUAAGCCCAAGGUGGGCUACAUGAAGAAGCAACCAGACAUAACCAACAGUAUGCGAGCCAUCUUGGUGGAUUGGCUGGUGGAGGUGGGGGAAGAGUACAAGCUCCAGAAUGAGACUCUCCACUUGGCUGUGAACUACAUUGAUAGGUUCCUGUCCUCAAUGUCAGUGCUCCGAGGGAAGCUUCAGCUGGUUGGGACUGCUGCCAUGCUCCUUGCCUCAAAGUUUGAAGAGAUCUACCCUCCAGAAGUGGCGGAGUUUGUGUACAUCACCGAUGACACGUACACUAAAAAGCAGGUCUUAAGAAUGGAGCACCUGGUGCUCAAAGUGCUUGCUUUUGACCUUGCUGCACCAACAAUCAACCAAUUUCUCACUCAGUAUUUCCUACAUCAGCAGCAGGCCAAUUCUAAAGUGGAAAGCUUAGCAAUGUUUCUGGGAGAGUUAAGUUUAAUUGAUGCUGACCCAUAUCUGAAGUACUUACCAUCAGUUACUGCAGGAGCUGCCUUUCAUAUAGCACUCUAUACAAUCACUGGGAAAAGCUGGCCUGAGUCAUUAAUCCAACAAACAGGAUACACCUUGGAAAGCCUUAAACCAUGUCUAUUGGACCUCCAUCAGACCUACCUCAGAGCACCACAGCAUGCACAGCAGUCUAUACGAGAAAAAUACAAGACGGCAAAGUACCAUGGUGUAUCUCUCAUCAACCCUCCAGAGACACUAAACUUAUAGUGAACAAGAGACUUAGCUAUAAUUCCAACCGAAGCUGUGCUGGACAGUUUUUAUUGUGGGCCCAGGUUUCUUCGCAAAGAAUCACUUCACAAGGCACAAGUUAUGGUCAAUUACAAAUUAUGAAGUAACUUUUUUGAUUUUUAUGAUUUUAAAUGUAAAUCUUUUAUGUGCAA